AUGGUGGAUUGUUAUAUGCCAUAUAAUAGUCAUCAAACUUGGCACCGCGGAGAUGCACAAAUCAAAUACCAAGAUGAGAAGAGCCAGAAGUUCGCCCUCAAGAAUGAUGGACGGAUGGAAACUGACGGCGACUAUUGGUGCAGUGAAGGUGAACUGCUCGCCUUUCCUCAGAAACGAACUAUUCCACAGGAAACUGACGACUAUUGGUGCAGUGAGGUGAAGACUGCUCGCCUUUCCCCUCAGAAACAACCUAUUCCACAGGAAACUGACGACUAUUGGUGCAGUGAGGUGAAGACUGCUCGCCUUUCCCCUCAGAAACGAACUAUUCCACAGGAAACUGACGACUAUUGGUGCAGUGAGGUGAAGACUGCUCGCCUUUCCCCUCAGAAACAACCUAUUCCACAGGAAACUGACGACUAUUGGUGCAGUGAGGUGAAGACUGCUCGCCUUUCCCCUCAGAAACGAACUAUUCCACAGGAAACUGACGACUAUUGGUGCAGUGAGGUGAAGACUGCUCGCCUUUCCCCUCAGAAACAACCUAUUCCACAGGAAACUGAAGGGGAGUCGUGCAGUGAGGAGGAGGACGACCAUCUUCCCCCGCAUAAACGACGACACCGUCGACACCGUCGACAGGAAAGUGACGAGGAGUCGUCCGUCGCCCACGCGCUCCACCCCACAGUCGCCCACGCGCUCCACCCCACAGUCGCCCACGCGCUCCACCCCACAGUCGCCCACGCGCUCCACCCCACAGUCGCCCACGCGCUCCACCCCACAGUCGCCCACGCACUCCACCCCACAGUCGCCCACGCACUCCACCCACAGUCGCCCACGCACUCCACCCCACAGUCGCCCACGCACCCACCCCACAGUCGCCCACGCACUCCACCCCAGUCGCCCACGCGCCCACCCCACAGUCGCCCACGCCUGGACCCACAGUCGCCCACGCGCCCACCCCAGUCGCCCACGCCCACCCCACAGUCGCCCACGCGCUCCACCCAGUCGCCCACGCGCUCCACCCCAGUCGCCACGCGCUCCACCCCACAGUCGCCCACGCGCUCCACCCCCACAGCGUCGCCCACGCGCUCCACCCCCACAGUCGCCCACGCGCUCCACCCCGCAGUCGCCCACGCGCUCCACCCCACAGUCGCCCACGCGCCCACCCCACAGUCGCCCACGCGCCCACCCCAGUCGCCCACGCGCUCCACCCCACAGUCGCCCACGCGCUCCACCCCACAGUCGCCCACGCGCCCACCCCACAGUCGCCCACGCACCCACCCCACAGUCGCCCGCCACGCACCCCACAGUCGCCUACGCACUCCACCCCACAGUCGCCCACGCACUCCACCCCACAGUCACCAUCACGCACUCCAAUCACAGUCGCCCACGCACUCCACCCCACAGCCCACGCACUCCACCCCAGCCACGCACUCCACCCCACAGUCACCCACGCACUCCAAUCUCUACAGUCACCACGCACUCCACCCUACAGUCACCCACGCACUCCACCCCACAGUCGCCCAAUACGACUCAAUUCCCCACAGUCGCCCACGCACUCCAAUCAUUGCGUCGCCCACGCACUCCACCCCCAGUCGCCCACGCGCCCAAUUGUCACCCCCUGCCCCCCCCGCCACCCACCUAUAG